AUGCAGCAAGUGGUCCUCUGUUGCUGCAGCUGCUCCACAAAGCAUGGACCUGGGCGCAGCUGCCUAGCUGCUGGAUUGGGGCCAAAAGGAGCACCAGGGAAGCCUGGGAAAGCAGGGAAUGCCGGUUUGCCUGGCCUUCCAGGAGUAGAUGGUUUAACGGGAUCUGAUGGCCCACCUGGACCAGUAGGGCCACCAGGGGACAGAGGCGCCAUAGGACCUGCGGGGCCAGCUGGACCAGCCGGCAAAGGACUUCCAGGGCCUCCGGGACCUCCAGGCCCCAGUGGGCUCCCAGGUGGAAAUGGAUAUCCAGGACCACCCGGGCCAGCUGGAAUUCCUGGUUUUGCUGGACCACCGGGACCUCCAGGACCACCAGGUAUUCCUGGAGUUAUCCCCGAUGGCAAUGGAGACCUUCAGUGUCCAACUGUCUGUCCACCUGGCCCCCCAGGACCACCAGGGAUACCCGGAUUCAAGGGGCAUACGGGUUAUAAAGGCGAGCCUGGAGAAGUAGGCAAAGACGGUGAGAAGGGUUCACCGGGGCCCCCAGGUCCUGCAGGACCUCCAGGAACUGUUGGCUUGCAGGGGCCACGAGGGUUAAGAGGCCUGGUUGGCCCCGUGGGGCCUGUUGGAGACAGGGGAACAAUAGGUUUCAGAGGACCUCCUGGUGUUCCGGGCCCCCCAGGAAAAGCGGGGUCUCGUGGAGAUCGGGGACCUCAGGGGUUCCGGGGACCCAAAGGCGAUACUGGCAGACCAGGACCCAGAGGAACUCCAGGAACUGCUGGACCCUUAGGAGAACCUGGCAUGCCUGGAAAAGAUGGAAGAGAUGGGACUCAUGGACUCGAUGGUGAGAAGGGUGAUGCCGCUCGCUUUGGUGUUCCUGGAGAAAAGGGGCCAAAUGGACUUCCUGGACUACCUGGAAGACCUGGAACUAAAGGAGAAAAGGGUCAACCAGGCGUUCCAGGAGAGAUGGGAGGAACCGGUCCUUCAGGAGAGCCAGGUAUACCUGGAGAUCGUGGGAUCGCCGGGGAGAGAGGUGACCCUGGUCCAAGGGGAUCUUCUGGGCCGAUUGGUUUGCAAGGCCCCAUGGGAGCACCAGGUGUAAGAGGGUUUCAGGGUCGUAAGGGGUCAAGUGGGGAGCCUGGCCUUCCUGGUCCCACCGGAAUCCGUGGCGCGUCUGGUGAAAGGGGCCCUGGUGGAGUUUCCGGACCGAAAGGUAACCAGGGCAUUGCUGGAGCAGAUGGGCUUCCGGGAGACAAAGGAGAGUUGGGUCCUUUCGGCCCUCCCGGGCAAAAGGGGGAGGCAGGAAACAGGGGCGAGCUGGGCCCCAAAGGAGUUCAAGGUCCCAACGGAACAGCGGGAGUCCCAGGAAUUCCAGGACACCCGGGCAAGCUGGGUUUGCAAGGCGAACAAGGGAUCCCUGGGAUCACUGGGAAGCCAGGUCCUCCAGGCAAGGAAGCCAGUGAACAACACAUAAGAGAACUCUGCGGUGGAAUGAUCCGUGAGCAAAUCGCACAGUUAGCUGCUAACUUGAGGAAGCCCCUCGCUCCUGGGAUGACAGGGCGACCCGGGCCUGCUGGUCCCCCAGGCCCUCCCGGGGCAACGGGAAUUAUCGGGCACCCUGGAGCUCGUGGCCCACCCGGAUACCGAGGACCACCAGGAGACCUAGGAGAUCCUGGUCCUAGAGGUGACCAUGGCGAGAGGGGAGACAAAGGUGCCGUGGGGAAAGGUGUUGACGGACCAGAUGGGGAUCAAGGACCUCAAGGUCCGCCGGGUGUUCCAGGGACUAGUAAAGAUGGCCGGGAUGGCUCUCCUGGGGAACCUGGGUUGCCAGGGGAUCCUGGAAGACCAGGUGCAAUUGGAGUCCAAGGUACUCCAGGAGUCUGUGAUACAUCUGCCUGCAUGGGAGCUGUCGCUGGAGGAAAAUCCAAAAAGUCAUAAAACUGCAUUUAAUGGAAGUCAGAAAAAGGGAACGGAGUAUUUAAGCAAAUUGUUCGUACGUGAAGACAAAACCACCCUCUGAAAAAUUUGGAGGGGCGGUUCUCCUGUAAGAAUGAAUGCAAUGGAGACUUUUAGUUCAAUGAAACAGGAAAUCAUCAGAUGGAAAUUUGUACUAUAUCCCCUACCAUUGUUCCCCAAUUUUCACUACAUUGUUGUCUGUUCCUUGCCCCACUGAAGAGAGACUUCCCCGCUUAUUCUGAAGUAAGAGGUGUUUCCCCCGGCACCACCAUGAAUCAACUGGACUAUGUUUUAUGCAAUUUUUAGGAUGGCUCAAUCUUGCACCAGUUUAUGUUAAUGGUAAACUCUGUUCCAACUUUAUUAUGUGUGAGCGCUGCGGCCAGGGCUGCAGAGGGAUAACCCUGGUCAGAUAAACAAGAGCCACAAUUAAUCUAGCCAGGGCUAUGCACACACAGCCUCAUCACUUGACCAGGAACAACUCCAUCCAGCUAAGUAGGCAUGCUUCGUUGGACUGUGUCAAGUAAAUGUAGAAGUAGUGGAUGAAAUAUUCAGAUAGAACUAUUGACAACCCUGAUUGUUCAUACGAUGGACACAAUCCAAAGAGCCCCUCUAUAUGCACACACCAGAGUUUUCCUAAGGCAGAUCUCUAUACUGUGUCAGAAGCCUCUUGUGAAGAUCCACCCAGUUUUCAAGGGUGGUUACUUCCAGCAGCACAGGGAACAGUCUCUGCAAAAGGGGGGCCACAAAUGCAUUGCGGUACACAGAGCUUGCCACAUGGCCUUAUCUCUUAGAUAUGUACCACAAGUAAAAUUUUUCCAAUAAAUUCUAUAUUGGGUAGAAUGUGUAUAUCUCUUACAUUGGGUUAAUUUCAAACAUUUCCAUAUUAUAUUUAGUAAUGAAAUUUUUACAUUACAGAUGAACACUGCCCAAAAUUAGUAUAUGCAUCAUUGUAAUUUUUUUAAGAAGAAAAAAAAAAUCACUUUUUGUAACAUUGUGUUUGCCUGUUUUAUAAUAGGCUUGUUUGGUUAAUACUUUUAUUUUUCCCCUUGCUGAUUGGAAAUAAAGGUGCUACACAAAUGUGAA